AUGGCGCAGGACAAGCCCAAGACGGUCAUCGCCUUUGACCUAUACGGCACUCUCCUAUCAACCGAAUCCAUCGCAAAGCAACUCGCAGAGCUCUAUGGCGACGAAGACGAAGCCAAGACUCUCGCGGCACAGUGGCGACGGUACCAACUCGAGUACACUUGGCGCAUAAACAGCAUGGGCACAUACCGUCCAUUUUCCGAAAUCACACGCGCAGCACUAAAGCACGCCGUCGCGGAGAGGAAAAAGUCGCCUCUCUCAAAGGAGGACGAAGACCGUCUGAUGGAAGCCUAUAACGGUCUUCAAGCCUUUCCGGACAUAGAGCCGGCGAUGCGCAUCGUCGAAGGGGACGACUCCAUCGACGCAUAUGUAUUCUCCAACGGGACGGAUGACAUGGUCGGCGCGUCCAUUAGGACCUGCCCCGAAAUCAACCAACGUAAGAGCCGCAUCUUUGGGCCCGAGAAGUUGGUGACUGUUGAGGGGGCGGGGUGCUUCAAGCCCGCUCCGGCAACGUACCGGCACUUUGCGGAGACGGUGGGUAUGACCGGUAGAGAGGGCGACAUUUGGCUAGUUAGUUCAAAUCCGUUUGAUGCGCUUGGUGCGAGAGCGGUCGGGUGGCGGUCUGCGUGGAUCGACCGGGCCGGGACGGGGUGGGUUGAUGCAUUGGGCAGCCUUAUCGACACCGAGCCAACGAUUGUGGCCCGAGGGGUUGAUGAAGCUCUGCAAAGAAUCGCGGAGCUCUCAAAGUAG